CUCCUGGGCAGCAGAGCUUGUGCCCACAUGGCAGCAGCUGCCUGGGCCAGUGCCUUUCUCUAUUCACUGCUGCACACAGCCAAUACAUUUUCUCUGCCCCUGUGCCAUGGCAACGCCCUGGGCCAGUUCUUCUGUGAAAUUCCCCAGAUCCUCAAGCUCUCCUGCUACAAAUCCUAUCUCAGGGAAUUUGGGCUCAUUGCAGUUAGUGUCUGUUUUGGUUUUGGCUGUUUUGUGUUCAUUGUUUUCUCCUAUGUGCAGAUCUUCAGGGUCGUGCUGAGGAUCCCCUCAGAGCAGGGACGGCACAAAGCCUUUUCCACCUGCCUCCCUCACCUGGCCGUCGUCUCCCUGUUCCUCAGCACUGCAGCAUUUGCACAUCUGAAUCCCCCCUCCAUGUCUUCCCCAUCCCUGGAUCUGGCCCUGUCAAUUCUGUACUCGGUGGUGCCUCCAGCCCUGAAUCCCCUCAUCUACAGCCUGAGGAACCAGGAGCUCAAGGCUGCAGUGAGGAGACUGAUCACUGGAUGCUUUCAGGAACAUUAAACUACUGGCCAAUUUCUGCCAAUCACUUGUACUA